CUGGCCGGCCGCACGGAAGUGUUUUGUUUCGGUGGUUACCCACAAUAAUAUGAGAGAAAUGAGAGGUGCUACGUUAACAAAAAACAACUAGGUCUCCUACAAGUUUUUUUUUUUUUAUGGUUCCUCAACAACAUUUUAUUUUUCAUUCAUUUUUUAAUAUCGCCCGAACUAAACGGAAGCUAGCUAGUUAGCUUUUUAGCUAGCUUUAUUAUCGCAAGCAACCAUGCCUCCCUACUCUGAACUGAGAAAAACCAACUACUUCUACUACAUCAUCAAAUUCACCUUAAAUAUCUACUCAAUGCUCUUCUCGCUGAUGGGUCUUUGUGUGCUUUGUGUGGGAGUGUAUGCUGAAGUGGAAAGGCAGAAGAAUCGAACCCUGGAGGGUCUUUUCCUGGCUCCUGCCGUGGUGCUCAUCCUGCUGGGCCUUGUCAUGUUCACUGUGUCGGUGGUGGGCAUGGUUGGAUCUCUCAGGGACAAUAAGACCCUGCUGCACAUGUUCCUUUGUGUUCUCUGUGUGUUGCUGCUUCUUCAGGCAAUUGCCCUCGCCACAGCUCUGAUCUUUGAGAAGAAGACAUCUUCCUUGUUUCAGAGCAGUAUACGAGAAGGAAUUAAACACUAUUACGAUGAUCUCGACUUCAAAAACAUCCUGGAUUAUGUGCAACAAAAGUUUUCAUGUUGUGGAGGAGAUGAGUAUAAGGACUGGGGAGUCAACCAGUACCAUUUCUGCAAUGGUACUGGUCCACUAGCCUGUGGGGUUCCGUACACCUGUUGUGUUCGCCGCAAGGUGGGAGAGGUCAUCAACACCCUGUGUGGUUACCAGACUCUGGAUAAACAGCGUGAAUCCCUGCAUGAGCUGAUCCAUGUGCGAGGCUGCAUCCAUGCAGUCAACCUCUGGAUGAGUGACAACAUUGGAACAACCGUUGCACUCUGCUGCGCCAUUGGGCUACCACAGCUGCUGGGCAUCAUCCUGAGCUGCGUCUUCUGGAACCUGCUGGUGGAGAUGAGCGAGUCGACCGACAUGGUGGACUUCAAGCUGAAGAAGUCUGAGUUUGAGUACAGCGAGUUGGACCUGGCUGGCGCCGGAUGGUGCUUGUGCCUGCCAAGGGACGGUGGCUACCUGCCCAUCCCUGCCGCCGAGCCUGAACUCGAUCCCAUUGACAUUCACCUGGAGAAGCUCAAGAAGCAGCCGCUCCGUACACACUCUCAGCUCCGAGAACUGCAGCAGUCCAGAUCUGCCACUGGGCUGGAUGAAGUAGACGUUGGUCGCAAGCAUAAAAGGGAACACUGAGUGCUCUUUUUUUUUUUUUUUUUUUUAAUUAUUAUUUUGCCCUGUCAUGCCUUUUGGGGGUUUUGCCUUUUUUCUGUCAUUGUAGUAAUUUCAUUUGUUGGAAUUGUGUUGCACUACUUAAUGGCUUAACAUUUCUGUAAUUGGAUCAAAAGGAAUUUGGUCAGUUAAAGUGACUAGAAGUACUUUGACACUUUGUGGGUGAAUAUGUUUACAAAAAAAUCUGAAGGAACAACAUGCAGCACCAACUUUUUCUACAUUUGUUUGUGACCGUUGAUCUUCAAAGGUUUACGGCACUAAAUCAUAUUUUAUUUAAUUUUUAUAGCCUUUAAAAAUGAACAACAGGAUGUCUCGUGCUAAAGCUUACCUCAGGCUGUUUUGAAAAUAGCCCAGUAGUCAGAGCACAAUUUGGUGUAUAAAUUAUGGUACCUUGAAAAGAUGUUUUUCAGUGUUGGAGAAAUAGGAUAGCCAAGUACGUCUUGCGUGUAGCGUCUGUGACGGAUGUAUACAGUUUGUGCAUUAUUUGGUUUUAUUAUGAUUUCUAUUUAAUUUUGUGCAGUGUACAUUGUAAGGCUGAUAGCUGUGAAAUAACAUGGGAUGCAUGUUUUGUACUGUAUAUAAAGUAAGUUUAAAGCAGGAAAAAAAAACCCAACAAAAAAACUCAGUCUGUGUGUUAGGCUCUCAUUGGGGGGUGGGGGGGUCCAUCUACUCCAUUUUUUUUAACUUAUCUUUUUAUUCCUCCCAUCUUUUAAAGGAACAACUAUAAAGGGAUUAUCCAGAUUACUAAUCCAGUGAGCAAUCAACUGACAGUGACAGUUUUUAUAUCUGAGUAAUGCACUGUUUUGAGCUUUCCUUUAGCUCCCGCCUUGUAUCAACACUACUGUUCAUGUCAAUAAAGCUGAAUUUAUGUACUGACGUUAUUUUUAUUUUUAUUUUUUUUGCAGGAUUGUUUGUUUGCAUAUAAACUGAAUAAAGAAUGAAAUGCU